AGCCAAACACAGAAAAACCUUCGAUGUUAACGGCUACAAAUAAAAUGCUAUAUGGGUCUUCGAUUCUACCAUGUCCAACACGCUUUUCUAUGAACCAAAAUGCAGAUGUUUUCUCAGCCGUCCGAUCUACUGCCACGCUUCUAUGUUUGCAGUGAAGAAUCAGUCUAUGGCGCCUCUGCUCCUUCUUAUGCUUUUAGCAGUGUUUGCGGCUGUUACCUCCGAAGAUCCAUUCAUUGGGGUGAACAUAGGGACAGAACUCUCUGACAUGCCCAACCCUACUCAAGUAGUACUCCUUCUCAAACGCCAGCAAAUACGACAUGUGCGACUGUUCGAUGUCGACCAUGGCUUGCUCACUGCACUCGCCAAGUCGGGCAUUCAAGUCAUAGUUUCUAUCCCCAAUGACCAGCUCAUGGGAAUUGGGCUAUCAAAUUCCACUGCGGCUAACUGGGUUUCCCGCAAUAUCCUAGCAUACUACCCAGACACAAAUAUCACAGCCAUUUCAGUGGGUUCUGAGGUUUUCACCGCUCUCCCUAAUGCAGCAACUGUCCUUGUCAAUGCUCUCAACUUCAUUCAGUCGGCCCUAGUGGCAUCCAAUCUUGAUGGGCAGAUCAAAGUUUCAACACCCAUUCCUUCCUCCAUUAUUCUUGAUUCGUUCCCACCUUCCCAAGCUUUCUUUAACAGCUCAUGGAAACCAGUUUUGGUUCCCAUGCUCAAAUACUUACAGUCAACCGGCUCGUUUCUCAUGUUCAAUGUAUAUCCUUACUAUGAUUACAUGCUAUUGAAUGGCACUAUUAGUAUAGAUUAUGCACUGAUCGAGCCCCUUCCCUCUAACAAAGAAGCUGUAGAUACUAACACCCUACUCCGUUAUUCCAAUCUCUUUGAUGCAAUGAUAGAUGCAGUUUACUUUGCCAUGGCUGACUUGAACUUCACUAACAUUCCCGUUGUAGUCACCGAGACAGGGUGGCCAUCAAAGGGCGAUUCUAGUGAGCCGGAUGCCACUCCAGACAAUGCAAAAACUUACAACAGCAAUUUGAUCAAGCACGUGAUGAACAAAGAAGGUACCCCCAAGCAUCCGGGGCUUGUAGUGAACACCUUCAUUUAUGAACUGUAUAAUGAGGAUAAUAAACCUGGGCAAGUCUCAGAAAGGAACUGGGGGCUGUUUGAUGCAAAUGGGGAGCCUGUGUACAUCUUGCAAGUUGGGCCUGCUUCAGGGAAAUCGAAUGGUACUGCAAAUCAGACUUACUGCACUGCAAAGGAGGGCGCUGAUCCAAAGAUGCUGCAGGCUGGUUUGGAUUGGGCUUGUGGGCCAGGCAAGGUGAAUUGUUCGACUCUGUUGCAGGGUGGACAAUGCUAUGAACCAGACAAUGUGGCUGCACAUGCAUCUUAUGCUUUUAAUGCUUAUUACCGCAAGGAGGGGAUGACUCCAGAUGCUUGCAACUUCAAGGGGGUGGCUGCAAUCACCACAUCAGAUCCAAGCCAUGGUUCCUGUGCGUUUCAAGGAAGUGGUGGCAGGAAUGGGACCAUAUUCAGUGUAAAUGGUACAGUCCCUUCCAUGAACUCGACAAGUUCAUCCCCACCCCACAGUUUUUAUGGUAGCGCAUCGGCAACAGCAACUGCAGUAACAUUAAUCACUCUGCUCUGGAGUGCAAUUUGCUUAUAAACUGUUACAUUUGUUGGAUGCUUUUUGAAAACUUACCCAAAAAUUUUGAAGCAGAUAGUCAACUUGUGGAAUUUCCCCUUACUGAACCCAGUUUUGUAUGAUUCAAUGGGGGUGUGCAAACAGAGGAAAGAGUAGUCAACUUGUGGAAUUUCCCCUUGCUUCUUAAUGAGUAAUGUGAACCCAGUUUUGUAUGACUCAAUGGGGUAUGCAAACAGAGGAAAGGGUAGCAGGGUGUCUAGGAUGGAGUUGAUAGGCAGCGAUCUGUUUAGAAAAGUGGGGUUACCCUGGAAUUAUGUACAAAGCUAGCUGAGUGGCCUCCUCUGUACUUCCAUGUGCUUCUCUAGAAAUCUUAUUCUUUCAAUUAAAUUUUAUGACUUUUUGUCCA